AUGCUAAUCCACUUCCCAGCGCCCUCUUCCCAACAUAUUGCGUCCCCUGCCUCCUCUGCUUUCUUCGCCUCUCCCUCCGCAAAUAACCUCGACCGGACCUCUUUCGAGGCCAGUCUUGUUAUUCUGAUCUCGUUUGAGACUAUUUGUCCUUCUCCCUCUCUUCACUCCCCCUCCUCUGCUUUCUUCGCCUCUCCCUCCGCAAAUAACCUCGACCGGAUCUCUUUCGAGGCCAGUCUUGUUAUUCUGUCCAGUUUAUCUAAGCAAAGCCAAGGCAAGACCAAGACGCAGGAAUGCGCUCUGGUUUGUGAGGGCUCCUCCGGUAUGCGUGUGAUCGGUGGCCAAAAGAUCGGAUACCCUGCCAAUCACCGAACCAUGUUCUUCUGGUCAAGCCAGCCCAGCAAGCUCCCAUGUGUCGGUAUCCGAAUCCUAUUCCCCAGGUCCAGCAAUCCCAACGUCUCCUUCUUCGGGUUGGACGGUCGUCCCAAUGCUUACCUCGGAAUUGAAGUGAGAUUACACGUUGGCACGUGGACCUCAACUGCUGAGAAGCUUGACGGCGAGAGACUCGAGGCCCUUCCGAAACGAGCUGCUGAGAAGGCCGGUCCGAUGUGCUUAUUGAGAUUUAAGCUGAAAGAUGGCCAAAGCGCGUCGGUUGAGGGUAUCGGUCUCCCCUUUGAUGCCGCAAACGACGAUGAUGAUCAGGUUGUCAACCAUGGACAGCCUCUUGACGGAGUCCGCACGCUUCGGGACAUUUGCACGCAGACAGAGUUCGUCGUGCUUUUCGGUGGCUGUAUGAUGAUUCCUAGAGGAGAAACUUGUUUUCAGCAGGACUUCCCUAAGAUCAUCAAGCCCGUAUUUCCAUACAGCACUGGCAAUUGGUCCAUGUCCCGCUACGGCCAGGAAAUCCCAACCUCCGCUGGCAGCCGCAACUACGCUCUGACCUAUAGGUUUGACGAUCGUCACGACUACAUGGUCAGCGUUUCCCAGGGGGUCGUGCAAGACGUCUUCCAGUUGGCUGAGGACGUAAGGGCUAUCCGCCAGAGGCCUGUGGAAGUGAUGUUCCUGCGCACCUGCGACAGAGCCGACAACGUGGCUCGCGAGUUUACGGUCCUCAUCUGGCACGGAUUUACUGAGCGCGAUUCCUUCUCGCCUUCUCUCCCUCGCCUGCUCUCGAAGGACACACGCCUCGCCCUCGCCUUUGGUCUCCCGCCGCCGCACGUCAUGCACGACGACUCAGAAGAAGGAACCAAGGAUACCAACUUCUGGGAGGCAAGGCCUGUUGCCAUGGAGAAGGAAUGGUCCGAUGCCGAAUGCGACAUCGCUGUCAGGAUCCGGCGCCCGCGACAAAAGGAUGUGAACUCCGCGACGAUAAACUGCCCAAUCCAUGCGUACGAUAGCUUCGCGGAUGGCAAGAAGGUCGGGCUCGAACCAGGUAAACAACAAUAUUACCUGAAAUUCGAUGCUGGCCUUCACGUCGCUCGACGUCGGGUGGAGGCCGCCCACGCAGCCUUAGAGGAGGACGAGGACGAGGAUGAGCUCUGCGAAAAGCAGAUCAACCACAUCCUAAAGAAGGACUUUCAGACUGGCUCAGGAUUUCGAUCCCUGUUAGGCAACACCACCCUGGGCUCCGCCAGCCAUACCACAGCAGACGGCGUUGAGUCCCUAACGACCUCUCUCGACGCUAUGGCCAUAACUGCUCCCCAACCUCCAACACCUCCCAGUCCUCUAACGCUCCCUCAUAUCGACAUCUUCGGCUCCGUUAAUGGCCACAUCUCUGCCGCAGUCACCAAGAGGGUUAGUGACGAAGCUCGCUUCAAGAAAUACCUCGAAGUCACUCGCCUUGGCAUCGUGGCCAUAAUUGGCUUCGCAGGCUCCGGCAAGACACAGCUGCUUGCCCUGACUGCUAGGCUGUACAUGGGGCAUCCGGACAUUGGCAAGUUGGUGUGUAGUGCCCCGACUCACGUGGCUACUAACAACUUCGCCAAUCGCCUGCAUCGAAUCUGUCAGGACAUCGCGAAGGAGACCAGUUCCAGGUCCCCGCUGGUUGUCCGUGGCUACGCCGUCCGAACGGAGGUUGCAGCGUUCAUCAAGAUUGCUGCUGGCAACUCGAAGGGUGCAGAGGAGGAUAUUGUUGACCCCUACAAGACAGGAAGGUGGUCGCUAAACCUCUCGCCAUGUGAGUGGCUUCUAAAAGUUGUUGCAUCUCCUGGCUUUUCCCUCUCCGCCACCGACGCCGACUGCCUCCACACCCUCCACCACCACAUCCAAGACAGCCGCAAGUUCGAAGGUCUUCGCCAGUUCGUAGCUGGCAAUAUCUCCUUUGGUGAAAUUGAAAGUUACACCAAGGAGGCGAACACUGAGACACCGUUCGAGAUGGUACGGGGUCUCAUCGAAGACAUCAUCAUGCUUGCAGAUGCAGUCUGUGCAACCCCCUUUGGCCUAAGCCAAGCCCCUUAUGCGAAAUUCAACCGCACGGAGGCCAAGGGUGUUGUGCUGGAUGAGGCUGGAGCGAUGCUUCAGGCGGACGCUCUGCUUGUUUGGGGUCGGGGCUGCCGGCCUUGUAUCAUGGCUGGCGAUCCGAGACAGUUGCCGCCCACUGUCAUGACCCACGGCGAGACCCGCAAUGGCAAAGUCGUGAACAUGUUCUCUGAGUUUGCAAAGCUGUCUCAGCUAGAGCAUGUGAUGAGGAUGGGGUGGCCCUGCUUCGUCCUGAACGUCCAGUUCCGGAUUGUUGCGGGCUCCUUUGACGUCGCACGGAGCAUCAUCUACUCUGACGUCGAGGAUUUUAAGUACGCGGCUAAAGCUGCAGUGUCCGCCAACCCCGUUGCCGCUAAAGUGGAGACGUGGGUAAAGUCGGCGUACCACGCCCCCGCAUCCCCGGCAGACAAGAUUUUGCCGCUGUUUUUCGAUUGCGUCGGUUCGAAGUGCCUCCAAGACGAAGAGGCAAAGUCCCGCUACAACCCGCAGCAGAACGCAGCUGCAGUCCGCCUCGUCGAGGGCCUCCUCCGCGCCAACCUCGGCCUCAAGGGGUCUGAUGUUAUCAUUAUUACCCCUUACAGGGCGAAUUUCGAUCGACUUCAGACCGCCUUUAGCCAGCACCCACUCCCUGUCUGUCGAGACGUAGUCAUUAACACUACAGACUCCUUCCAGGGUCGCGAAGGCAUGGUCGUGGUCUUCGUCCUGGGCGUCACCGAGGAGACAGGCCCACUCUUUGUUGCCGACCACCACCGCAUUUGUGUGGGCCUUACGAGGCAGAUCGGUGCCUUGUUUGUCGUUGGCGACAUUAAUACCCUUCGGCCCCGAGGUAAAAACGAACCAACGAAUCCGCGGAAUAACACUAUGAAUGCGCUCCUAGGCUAUUUCCGAGACACAAAACGGAUUGUCCACGUGGAUGCCUUGGGAAACAGGACCAACCCGCCUGCGCGUCCCGGUGGUGUUGGUGGUGUUGGUGGUUCCGGGGGUGUUGGUGGUCCUGGUGGUGUUGGGGGCGGAACUGCCCGCCCUCGUGAAGGUCGUGGUCGAGGUGCUCGUCCUGGUGGAGGCGGUGGGAAGGGAAAGGUUUCGGCUUCUGGGCAGGGCAGUGGGGGACAUGCGCGAGGUGGUGGCAGGGGCCAGAGCAGAGGCCAGAAUAGGGGUCACUGA